AUGCUUACAUGCCUUCCGCCCGCGUUCAUGAUUGCCUUCGAGUCAAUCCACGUCCAUGGCGAAGGGGUCUUGGGUCGCAGUGCCCUUGGAGGUGUCACUCACGACGGGACCUUUGACGGCGCACCAGUGAAAAUCCUUCGGAUCGAAUCGCCGACACCCGAGUCGGUUCUCAAGGUCAACCGAGCCGUGCGCCACCAAAUUGACGUGCAUCAUCCCAACACUGCCCAGUUUUACGGCGUGAGCUGGGAGACGGGCGCACCGCUGUGCAUUGUCACAGAGCACGCAGCUCACGGGACGCUCGCGAUGCUACUGGCGUCCGACACGGACCUGAGCCUCGUCCAUAUCGUGCACCUUCUACUGGACGUGGCGAGGGGUAUGCUGUACCUGCAUUCGCAACCAACGCCUCUCCUCCAUCGCGAUUUGCGCGCUGCCAACAUCCACCUCAUGCACAAUUUCAAGGCCAAGGUGGCCAAUUUCGAACUCUGCGGCAAACUCGGGCUCGAGACGUCGCUCGUAGGGACGCCAGCGUGGACCGCUCCCGAGAUGUUGCGAGGCGAGAGGGACUAUACGGAGAAGAUUGAUGUCUACUCGUUCAGCAUGCUGAUGCUCGAGAUCUUGAACCGAAGAGCGCCGUACUCGGAUGCUGCAUUGUCGCCGGACGAGCUCUUGCACAAAGUAGCCCACGAAGCCUACCGACCGAGCCUUGUCGAGCGGGAUAUGUGGCCGAUUACGCUCGUGGAACUCAUGGAAGCGUGCUGGCAACACGACCCUACGGACCGUCCCGCGGCCGACCAAGCGUGCCUCUUCUGCCCCGCGCACGAGACGUACCGCCACUUCCUCGUAGACUGCGACUUCGUCAACGACGUGUGGAGCACGCUUCACGCCGUCACGGUCCCUUUGGGUGUGACCUUGCCGACUACGCUCUCCGGCUACCUCUACUUGACGCCCAAGACGGCGUCCAGCAUGCACCAAGCCGCGUUCCGCUACCUCUGGCCCGUGCUCCGCGCCUGCGUCUGGUUCAACGUCUGGCGAGUCCGGAACGACCGCGUCUUCCGCGCCGACCUACCGCUGCCAAGUCCAUGGACGAUUGCCGUCAAGGCGGCACGUGUCGCUCAACUGCACGUGCACCACAGCCUCGUACGAGAGCCCGAGCAGCCUGCUCUUCGUCGUCUUCUCCAGCUCCUCGCCCAAGACGAGUGGCCGCGAUGUCACCUCGUCCCGCGGAUCGCGCUCCUGCCUCCGCCUGCCUAA